AUGCUCAUUCUAAGUCAUUAUCGUCAGAAGACAUUCCUUUUCAAGAAUUCUUGGCCACUUUUGGAGUUGCAAAAAAAGAUAAAAGAAUGUUUUGAUGACCUUCUUGAAGAUAUUGAACCAGAGUAUAUUCAAAUUGUACCCAAUGGUGCUGAUUACAAAAUUGAUGAUAAUGAAUUUUUAUCUGAAUUGUGGGAUUUGGCUAAGAAAGAUAAUUCCAGGCAUUCGUGUAUAACCUUUGCUCAACAAGAUUUUUCAUCUUACAAGUCAUUGAGUAAAGUUUUGCGAACAUUUGGAAUAAAUGAUAUUUCAUCAUUAGUAGACAUUCCUCAAUUUACAUUGGGCAAGUAUGAAUGUUAUUAUGAAUUAUUUGUUGAUGCUUUACUAGUUUCCAUUGGGAAAUUUAAAUUAUUGUCUUAA